AUGGAAAUUCACUUCCAGCAGCAGCAACAUGAAGAUGAGAUUUUCUCAUCGUUACAGAAGGAAAGCGGGUGGAACAAACAACGGCACCGCAAGAACAAGAACAAAUUUGUUGGGGUGAGGCAGAGGCCUUCGGGGAGAUGGGUGGCGGAGAUCAAAGACACGACACAGAAUAUCAGGAUGUGGCUCGGGACUUAUGAGAGCGCGGAAGAAGCUGCUCGCGCCUAUGAUCAGGCUGCCUUCCUUCUCCGCGGUUCAAGAAGCACUCGUACUCACACUAACUUUGAAACGAUUGCCCCACCAGACUCGAACUCUCCUUUGGCCUCCAGGAUCAGAAACCUUCUCAACACCAAGAAGAGUAGUGCAAAGCUGCAGAGAAUUGGAUCCUCCUCUAUUACAGCUUCUGGUCAAAGUGGUGGCAGUGCUGAAAAUCAUGACACAAAAAGUUCAUCAGAUGAGGCUUUGGACUUUGCCUGUGAUGAUGAGAUUCGAGAAAGCGAUGAUCAUGUGUUUGAUAACACUUACAAACCUGAUGCUACUUCUACGAGUUUGGUGCAGUCAUGGAGUUUUGAACAAGGACUGGAAUUUGCUCAACAAAUGAUUGAUAUAACCAAGACAGAAGGUGAAGGUGAAGUAGUAGUGGGAUUCUCAGAAUUUGAAAGAAUGAAAGUUGAAAGAUCAAUUUCAGCUUCUCUAUAUGCAGUGCACGGUGUGCAGGAGUAUAUGCAUAUGCAGGCUAUCAAUCAUCCCUCCCGAACCCAAACCCAAACUCUUUGGGAUCUCCCACCUUUCUUCUCCUAA